GCUGUGGCGUGCGACCUAAGGAGGUACGUCAGGGCUGUGCGCCUGCGCAGCCGCAAAGGGAGGCGGGAGGAAGCGAGUGCGUUUUCCUCUUCGGCAGCGCCAUUUUGUACUCCGUCCGAGCCGCCGCAGCCGGUGCCAGCGAGCGUAGGGGGUUCCGGAGUGAGUUGGGAAGUCGCGGAAGCGAGGAUGGCGGAACCCGGGACCGGGUCGGGCGAUCCCGCCUUUGGCCCGGUCGCCUCGGAGGGUGGGACGCGGCGGCUCAGCGACCUGCGGGUGAUCGACCUGAGGGCGGAGCUGAAGAAGCGGAACCUGGAUACCGGAGGCAACAAGAGCGUGCUGAUGGAGCGGCUGAGGAAGGCAUUUAAGGAGGAAGGACAAGAACCCGAGGAGGUUGGAAUCAGCUGGGGAGCUGCGAGCAAGAGGGCUGUAAAGAGAAACACCAAAGGAUCCAAGAUGGAGGAGGAGGGCAGCGAGGACAACGGCCUGGAGGAAGAUUCCAGAGAUGGGCAGGAUGGGGUUGUGAUUCUUCAGAGUUCACAAGACAGGGACACCAUGGAUACAUGUGUGCCAGAUGGGAUGGAGGCUGAGGAUCUCGGUGUGCCCUGCCUGGGGAAGGCCGACACCGUCAACCAGAUUCUUCAUGCUUUUGAUGACAGUAAAGAGUACGUGGCCGCGCAGCUGGGACAGCUUCCAGCUCAGCUCCUGAAGCAUGCUGUGAAUGAGGAGGUCUUCAAGAACACUCUGGAAGCUUCUGUGUCAGACCUUAAAGUAGCUCUGGCUGAUGAAGAAGCCCCCAUGGAACCAGAAAAUGAGAAAAUACUCGACAUUUUGGGGGAAACUUGUAAAUCUGAGCCAGUAAAAGAAGAAGGUUCGGAGCUGGAGCAGCCCUUUGCCCAGGCCACGAGUAGCGUGGGGCCAGACAGGAAGCUGGUGGAGGAAGAGGACCUAAUUGAGAGCUGCGGCCACCCGGAAGAGGAAGAGGAAGAAGAAGAAGAGCAGGAAGAGGAGGGAGAUUUAGCUUUGGCCAGCAGCAGCAAGUCUGAGUCUCCAAGCACUCAAUGUCAGUGGAGCGAGGCAGACGCCCUGUUAGCAGUAGUGAAAAGGGAGCUGGCAGAUGCGCCAGGUGGAGGUGGAGAUACUCGGCACAGGCGGAAGCGCAAACGAAGGCGGAAGAAUCAGGCACAGGCAGAAGCCCUGGGCACAGGCGGAGGCACUGGGAUGGACCGCGAGCCUGUAGGGCAAGAGGAGCCAGUUGAACAGAGUAGCACGGCUGCCCAGCUCCCGGAGGCCACCAGCCAGGAGCUGGUGCGAGCGCCCACGGCAGCCCUGAGCCCUGAGCCCCAAGAUAGCAAAGACGACGUGAAGAAGUUUGCUUUUGACGCUUGUAAUGACGUCCCUGCGCCUCCUAAAGAGUCCUCAGCCAGUGAGGGCGCUGAUCAGAAAAUGAGCUCUGUUAAGGAAGAACAAGAUAUAAAGCCAGUCAUUAAAGAUGAAAAAGGCCGUGCCAGCUGUAGCUCAGGAAGGAACCUGUGGGUCAGUGGGCUGUCCUCCAGCACCCGUGCUGCUGACCUCAAGAGCCUCUUCAGCAAGCAUGGGAAGGUCAUCGGAGCCAAGGUGGUCACCAAUGCCCGCAGUCCUGGGGCUCGGUGCUAUGGAUUUGUGACCAUGUCCACAUCAGAUGAGGCCACCAAAUGCAUCAGCCACCUGCACAGGACUGAACUACAUGGGAGGAUGAUCUCUGUGGAGAAGGCCAAGAAUGAACCCUCUGAGAAGAAGUCGGCAGACAGGAGAGUGUGUGACCAAAAGGAGAAGGUGCCAGGGCUGGACAGGCCUCACCCUGUGAAGAUCAAGACGGAGAAAACCGUAAUCAAGAAGGAAGAAAAACUGGAAAGAAAGGAGGAGAAAGGGCCAGAAGACAUUAAAAAGGAGAAAGAUCAAGAUGAGCUCACACCAGGAGCUGCUGGUCAUUCUCGAGUCACCAAAUCAGGAAGCAGAGGCAUGGAGCGUACAGUCGUGAUGGACAAGUCCAAGGGCGAGCCCGUCAUCAGUGUGAAAGCCACAAGCAGGUCAAAGGACAGACAGAGCUCCAAAAGUCAAGACCGAAAGUCAGAGGGCAGGGAGAAGAGAGACAUAUUGUCAUUCGACAAGAUCAAGGAGCAGCGGGAGCGGGAGCGCCAGAGGCAGAGGGAGCGUGAAAUCCGGGAGACAGAGCGACGACGGGAGCGGGAGCAGCGAGAGCGGGAGCAGCGUCUGGAUGCCUUCCAGGAGCGUCGGGAGAAGGCUCGCUUGCAGAGAGAGCGGAUGCAGCUCCAGUGCCAGCGGCAGCGGUUGGAGCGGGAGAGGCUGGAGAGGGAGCGGCUAGAGCGGGAGAGAAUGAGAGUGGAGCGUGAAAGGCGCAAGGAACAGCAGCGCAUUAUGCGUGAGCGUGAGGAGCUGCGGAGGCAGCAAGAACAGCUGCGUGCUGAGCAGGAACGGCGGGCACUGCGCAGACCCUACGACCUGGAUGCUAGGAGAGACGAUGGCUACUGGCCAGAAGGGAAGCGUGCAGCCAUGGAGGACAGAUACCGAGACUUUCCACGGCCAGAUCACCGCUUCCAUGACUUUGAUCACCGGGAUCGUGGCCAUUACCAGGAGCAUGUCAUAGACAGGAGGGAUGGGUCCAGAACCAGAGUGGAGGAGCGGGAUGGGCAGUACUACCCAGAUGACCAGCACAGCCAUGAAAGGCUCCUGGAGCACCAUGCUUGGGAUGCCCGAGAUGGCUGGCAUGGCUACAGCUCUGACAAGAAGUUGAAUGAAAGCCAAGGGCUGCCCCCUCCCCCCAGGGUCAGCCGAGAGUGGGCGGAGCACAGCUCACAGUUGGAGGAGCAGCAGGUUCCUGUCUGGCACAGUGCUGUGGACACAAACAUGACGGGCCAUGAACACAUACGGUGGCGAGGUGCUGAGCGGGGCCUUGCAGGAGGACCUGGGCAUGGGCAUGUGGCAGCAGGCCGGGGUGGCAUGGCUGGGCAAGGCAGCUUUGCACACGGUGGACAUUCCCAGGGCUAUAUUGUGCCCAGUGGUAGACUGGAAAGUGGUGGCAUGGCCAGCCAGGACCAGGGUGGCCGAGUCCCCAACCCCCACCCUCACCCCCACUUCAACCGCCGCUACUGAACUGCUCUGGACCAAACCCUGCUGCUGCAAGUAGGCAGAGAGAGACUGCAACUCCAGCCACCUCCCACUUGUGGCACCGCUAGCCGUCACAGGUUCUGCCAAGUGUCGAUGUGAACUCACUCUCCUGGUGUUUCUAAUAAACUCAGUCCUGUUCUGCUGUUCGUAAGACAAGGUUUCUGCUGCCAGGCAUUCUGCGUCCCUCCGACCCAUUCCACCCUACCCUGUUUUGUGGCUGCAGCUCUGUCCUGCCCUUGGCCCAUGCUCAGGGUCCAGGUCUUCUGCCCCACAUCUCAGACAUGGCGGCGCUGGAAUCAAAGUUCAGAGGCAGUGGUGGUAGAGGCAGCUGCAGAGCCGCCAGCUGCCCUUUCUCCAGGACCAGUACAGAAGCCCGAGCUGCUUUCCCUAGCAGCCUCCUUGAAAGGCCACAGCCUGAUGGUGCAGGCACUAUGUACCUUCUCAAGCAGUGUCGUUGACCAGGCUCUGCCAGCGGAAUAACCCAUCUUUAGAUUUGUUCCUCCCCGUUUGAGCACAGGUUCAGGAGUGAGAGCAUCCAAACCCUUGUGGCUAUGGCACUGGUGACGUCUUACAUGGUGAGAGGUCUUUGCAUGGUGACUGACAGUCUAAUUGGUUAUUUUUUAGUACUUGACCCUACCACUAGCUAGCUAUGAAGUCAGAGUCCUUUAAGCCACAAGUUUGGUACCCAAACCAGUCUUCGGCCAUCUCAGAGGCCAGGAUACCAUCUGUCCUCUUGAUGUCUAUCCACCAGUGCUGAGUGGCACCAAACCUGCCUCUCUGCAUAUCUCAGUCUGCCAGAGCCCACCUUGCCACCAGCACUUCAGUCAACUGAGUCUCCUUUCCCUCGGGCUCUGGUCAUGUGGGCACUCUGCAUCCCUCCAUCAGGCAGGCUUGGCCUGACAAGGUCUGUCUCCAGGGCUGUAUUUGAUCUGACAGAAUGGCAAGGCUAGCCUCGGCUUAGCAGGUCGGACUGAGCAUGUCAGCAGUUCCAGUGCUAGAGGGUGUUAGCAGUUCACGUGUCAUCCCACCACCAAGGCUGAGAUAAAACUAGUUCAGGCUAGCCUGGGCUAUGUAAGAAGACUCUACUUCAAAACCAGACAGGACAUUGUACUUCAAGGACAUAAUGCUCAGUGGAAUGAGCCAGACACUACUGGGCCCACUACCAGAACAUCCCCGAAGUUCUCAGCCACAGAAAGGAAGUGGCAUUGUGGGUGCUGGGAGGUGGGAGAGGAUACAAUUAGUGUGAAAAGUGGGCGUAGCUUUGUUGUGCUGAGAUGGAAUCUUCAGGAGAUGGAUGGCGGGCAUGGCCACCCAGCCUUGAGAAUGAGCUUUCUACCCUCAAGCAGUGUCCUAAAAAGGCUAAGGUGGUAAGUUUGGGGUAGUGUUUUAAGGGGACUAACCUCUUUGGGCUGGCUGUCCUCAAAUGCACAUUUCUGCCCUCCAGUGUUUGCCACUGUACCUGUCCUGCUUGCUGGAGGGCUUCUUAUACUGCAGAAAAGGUUUAUAGUGCCUAGGGUGCAGCAGAAAACUGUGACUGCUGUGACUGCUUCCUGUAUCCAGGUUCCAAAUCCUGUCUACUUGCCCAUUCCUGUGGCCCGCAUCUUCUCAGAUGCAAGAAUUAGGAUCCAGAGUGGGCAUUUUGCCUGUGUGACCUUGUACAAUCCACUUUAAGACACCUGACCACCAGGUGUGGUGGGUAGGCCUUAGAUCAAGACCAUCCUGGACAACCUAGCAAGUUCCAGGACAAGAAAACGAAAUCUGAUGGCAGUGCUUAGGUCAGUCACACCAGCAGUCCCUGUGGCUGAUGACACAUGGAAAUGCUAUUCUGGUAACCCAGGCAGGUAUAGCUACAUUCUUCGGGGACACCAGAAUUACCUAACACUGGUUCUCAGGGUUCUCACUUCCCAGGUGAUCCCUGCUUCUCCUCAGACAUGCUAGGACCCCUCAUGGGACAAGCAUUAAGGAACCUGCACUUACUGUGGACACUGUGGUUCUUUAUGGAACUUCUGUGACCUGUAUCCCCUUGCUCCUGGUCCCAGUUCUCUCAGGCCUGUCCCUUUCCAGAUUACCUGCCUGUCCCCUACCCCUGACCAUGCUCCCAUCCUUAGGUUACAUUUUUCUUAUUAAAACAAAGUUUACCACCCAGCUGAAAAAGUUUUACAUACAUACUUUUCCCACCCCUCAGAUCCUCCCCGACCCUUCAGA